AGCCCUCGGCGGCGCCUUUCUGCCUUCGUCCUUGCUGAUUCUUGAAUUAUCGCGCGUUGCUUUUCCGCCGUUGCCCACCAAGGCAUAAGGCAUCUCUCUCUGUCUUUCUCUUUUGUUAAAGGAAAUCAAUGCCUGUCUUCACCUUGUCCGCCAUUUGCUGAACUUGGACUACCAGAGCUUCCAAGGGUUCAGGGUUCGGUCUUUGAGAGGAAGGAGCAGAUGCAUUCAAUACUUUGAGUUGAGCGCUUAGCUUGGUGUCUUAAUCUCGGCGCGGUCUGUACCAGGAAAAUGAGGCACCAAGACCAUUAUGCCCGUUCAGAUGUCAACCAAUUGGUAGCUGCUCAGAUGCAACACAUGGCUGUGCAAAGGAUGCAUCACAAUCCUGGCUUGGAGCCAUAUGCAGGAAGAUCGGAUGCAAUACAGUUAGAAGCAGAACAGCGUUAUGCUCCCUUAAAGUCAGAAUCACAAUGGCAGUGGGAUGGGAAGGACCCAAAAGGCGGCCCUACUUCAUUGGGGUCUCACCUUUAUAGAGAAGGCCCUGAAAACAUCAACUCCUAUCAAGGACAAAAAUCUGAUCUGAACUCAGUAAUGGAGAAGGCACCAAGUAACACUGACACAAGAGCCUCAGAUCAUCAUGAGCAAGACAUGGAAAUUGGUUAUGAGGAAGCACAAUUACCUGAGACUUUGGAAGCUCUUGACCAGAAGUUCAUGGAUGAAACUUUGAGGUUGACCACAGAACAACAAGAUGCAGAAAAGGAAGAAAGCGCAAGGCAUCUAAAGAGAAUGAGAGAAAUUGAUGAACAAUAUCAAGCUAAGCUGUCUACGAUAUGGGCACGACAUAGGAACCAGCUAGAAGAUCUUAUACGUCGAGAAGCACAAUUGCGUCAUCAGCAAUACCAACAUGCUGCACGGAGUCAGUACCAACAUGGUAGCGUGGGAGCUGGUGAUCUUCAUGGCUAUGGGGCUUCUUUUGGUGAUGGGCCCCAAGGUUACCCUACGAGAGCUUAUGAUGCAUACAGAGAGCGGAUGCAAUCAUAUGGGAAUGCUUCUCAUCCUCAUCCUAGAAAUCCUGCAUAUGAUGUGAGAGGACCAUAUCCAGGAGGGCGAAUUUAUGACACUAAUCCUCGUUACUACUAGUGCAAGUAUGACCUUGCGGAGCUGUUUCCUCUGAUUAAGGCAUCUGUUCAUUGGCAUGAUUGGAACACAUCGUGAUUAAUCAUGUUUGUAGAUGAGAAAGAGUAGUGUCAUUAUUCUGAGGUCAACUAUGGUCUUCUGUACACAAUCUUAUCAGAAUGUGGUACUUUAGAUGCUCAAGAUUUCUCUACUUGUCUGUUUUUCACAUAGCUCGGCAUUUCCAUUGACUGGUAAGUGGCUGAAUGGUUUUUUAUAGCAAAUACUGGCACAUGAUUGGAAAUCAAAUAGGGGGUUAUGCUGUCUAUUUUUAGCCUAAUGUCCUUUUAUGGAGCUUCAAGAAACAAAAUGCUGUAGCUUGCUCUGGCUCUAAAGCAAAGUAUCCAUUUGUGGCCAUUAUAGCUGCUAAACUUAUAUGGAUGUGGAUUCAAUAUCUUCUACGUUUAAUAUCUUCUACAAGAAUUUCCUAUCAAA